AAAUAAAGAUUUGCAUAUUAUCACAGUCCGGUAACACCACUGCUGGAGAAGUGAAAAAAUUCUUCAAUUCCAGACAAUUAAUGCAAAAUUUGAAGAAAAACUGAGCAAAAAUACUUUCCAGGGAUGGAAAAGCGUAAUUUCAGUUAAUUAACAAUGUAAAAUAUUUGCAGAGAAGAAUUUGAAUUGUUCAAGCCGAAUAUUUUCCUAAUAAUGUGUUUGAUGUGUUGGCGUAGUCUGUCCCGAAAAUUGUUGCUAUCUUCAUAGCUGCUGAGAGCAAAAUAUUCACAUAUAGCAUAUUAGUGAAAAAUUGAUAUUUGGAAAUACAAAUUUUUUUAAUAAACACAUAAAAAGGAGGAGUAACAAAAAUGUAUUCCGAAUGGGUAUCGCUCUCCUCACAAAUAUCGGCCGACAGUUGUGCAGCACAGUCGUGCAGCGUACUCAACAAAUUUCCAGCCUCCGCGGGCCGAGAAGUCACCGUUUCUGUUGUACGUCAGUUAGCAAGUAAUUUGGGUAUUACACAAAAUGCCGAACCCAGUCAUCUAGUGCGGGACGAAGAGGUCAAUUGGUGCAUGGAUGUCAUCUGCUUUGGCUUGUCACUGCCGUUACAGGAGCACGAGACCAUUAAGGAUUGUGUGAACGUGUAUUGCGAAUGGUUGACGGCCUUGCAUCCACAGCCACGCAUUAGCGUACCAAAGCCGAUUUGCGAAGAUGCGAAUAUGUAUUGUCGAAAAAUCGUUAGCCACUUUCACAAUUUGUUUGUGCCGCGUCAGGGAGAGAUCUUGCCAUAUAUAUAUCAAAGCUCGCUUGGCGCCGACACCAUCAAUCGUCAAGCAGUGCUGUGCCACCGUGUGCUGCGUACACUGCAACAAACAGCACAAAUCUCACAAACGAUGGAUCGCAAAACUUGGGAAGCGUUACUGCUCUUCUUACUCGCCAUCAAUGAAGUUUUGUUGGCGCCACCAACAGUCAAGGAUGAUGUUGGCGAUCAACUGUGUGAGCGUGUGUUAUCCGUGCUUUUCGAAGUGUGGCUGCUAGCCUGUCUACGUUGUUUCCCUUCGCCUUCUUUGUGGAAGACACUACAAGAAUCGUGUGCUAUGUGGCGCCACCGUAUGGCAUUAAUAGACCAGUGGAAUCGCGUCAACUUAGCUCUGACGGCACGUUUGCUCGAAUUUACAUAUGGCUCCGCCUUUCCAGAGUUGAAAAUUUCUGAUGAAGAUGCUCAGCUAAUACCUGCAGAUAUGACUAACGAUUGUGUGGCACAGACUUGGUAUCGCUUUUUGCGCACAAUUGGCAAUCCCACAGCGCUGUGUUCGCCGCAUAUAAUCAGCAAAUCGUCGCAUUUUAUGCAAUGGGCACUAACGCAUGAUAAGGGUGCGGAAACUUAUCAACAUCCAUGCUUACAAGCACUGCCACACAUAUUUCUGAAAGCGAUCAAAGGCAUUUCGAGUCAAGUCGACGCAUUUCUCGGCAUUUAUCGGCCACCUCCGCAUCAGGCAGAAGAUGCAAUUACAAAUUUACUUGAUAUCCGCCUAUCACUUAACGAGGCGACUGCCUCAUCGGUCACCACGGGCAUACAUAAUUUCUUCCAUCACGGCAGCAAUAGCGCACUCAAUUCAGGCGGUGGCACAACUGUCGUUACAAGCGCAAUCAACAACAAUGCACAUCAACAGCAGCACCAUCACCAUCAUCACUAUCAUCCACAUUUGCAUUUGCAUGGUGCUGGCCAAUUUUUGCGCGAAAACUUCAUUAGUGGCUCCGCCAGCUCAGCACUAAACGCCAUCAUGGGUCAUCACGGUAGCGCGUCGACGCCAGCGACUGCUGGUAUUCUUGUAGCCGGUGGCGGUCAUGCAUCGGGUAACACCAGCGGCAGUGGCAGUCAAUCUGCAGGUGUUAUCGGCUCAAUUUCUUUCGGUGCACCGUUGAGUGCCAUGACAACGGCUACAUCUGCCUCAGCAUCGGCUGUGGAUGGGAAUCAACCGAUGACGCAGCCAACACAGCUGCCAUACUCACCUACACCACCAUUGCAGCGACGUUUGGCGAAGAGUUUCAGCGUAGCACCUGCGCUCGGCUCCAGCAACAGCAGCAGCACACCACAACAAAAGGGCUUGAGCAAAGCCGCGCUUAUCGGCAUAACUGGUGCACGUUUAUCCACAACGCAAGCUCCACUCACUCCCACUUCAGGUCCGCCAUCCUCUAACAGCUUAACAUCUCUACCGUCGCUCGGAUUCGAACAACGCCCACCUUUGGCUGUAGCUCGGCCCAAGUGUAACAGCGUUUUGCAUUUAUUCGGCGAGUGGCUAUUCGAGGCGGCACACAUUGGUGGCGAUGCAUGGCUUUUGAACACAAAAAAACAAGCCACUGAGGCAAGCAAACGCCCGUCGUCGAUGAUCAUGGAGAAUCGUAAGGGCAGCAUUUCCCUCUCGCAACCCAAUUCGUUGAACGAUCCGAACAGCCUGCCGCCUUCACUAACCAUCGAUAAGUACGAGUCGGGUCGCGCUGAGGCCAUCGGCACGCUGUGCAAGAUUUUUUGCGCUAAAAAAACGGGUGAGGAAAUUCUUCCCGUAUAUUUGGCGCGUUUCUACAUGGCGCUGCAGCAAUGCCUCAAGAUCACCGAAUCCAAGGAGUGCGAUGAAACAUUGGCGAGUAUUUUGUUAAACUCAUCCGAUCUAUUUCGUCUCGAUUUGAAUGGCGUGCAAGUACUACUGCCCGGCUUCAUAAGCGCGCUGGAGAUUGUGCUGCCCGAUAAGGAUCUGAAGAUAAAAACACAGGCAAUGCUGUUUAAUAAAACCGAACUGCGUCGUGCGUCGAUCAAUAUUUUGCUAUCGAUUCUCACAUUACCAUUGCAUUUCCAAACGCUGCCCAUACGCGAUCUCACCAAUGAGUCUACAGAGCGCAUCAUUACUUUUAUACAACUCAAACCGCGCUUAAUAAAUAUACUAAUGAAUGCCUUGCAAGUGGAAACAGAUGCACAGAAUACGCACAUGCUGCUCGGGGGCCUGUUGUUGACAGUGCAGGAUGCGGUUACGUUUGAGGAAACCGAAUUGGUGGGAACUGAGCAUUUGCACGCUGCAUCGCCGACGCCAGGCGACACGAAUUUGCUGAGUUCGGCUUGCUCUGAACGUUCCGCAUCCAUAGCCAGUGCGGGCAAUUCUAGCUUAGGUGGUCAUAGCACUGCGACCAUUGGCGCUACGGGCGUUGCUGCUGGCACAAGCACUACAUUUGCGGCCACUGGCAGUGCUGCAGCAGCCGGAGGUGGGUACGUUGGACGUGAUAACUCAUCACAACAUGAUUUCCCCAGCCUUACCAUAUCUGACGAUUUCCCCAUGGAGUUGCUACAUGAAUUUGAGAGUGCUUCAGUUUAUGAUAAUGCGCAUGCCUUAUUCGUGCGCGCCACCUAUUUGGUUUGCCAUCGCUUGAUUUCAUCAUGGAAAACCGAUUUGAAUGUUUCGCUGGCCGCUUUGGAAUUGCUCUCCGGCUUGGCGCGUCUACAUAUACGCGAUUCAGCCAGGAAAUUUACAACCGAUUCCUUAGUUAAAAUUGAAGAACCAAGUCAAAAUUUAACUAUAAUAUCCACAGACGCGUUAGAAUGUAAGCGAGCGGUGAAAUGGAUCUGCGAUUAUAUUUGUUAUCAGUGCUCGCGCCCACCACCAGCCCAUAGCAAAGAUUUGCACAGCACCAUCGUGGCGGCCUUCCAAUGCACCUCGGCCUGGCUGAUGCAGCAUCCGUAUUUGUUACAGGACAAGGAUUGUCUGCAAACUGUUUUGGAAGUGGUCGAAUUGGGCAUUUCGGGUACGAAAAGUGUUGGCAAAACCGGCGAUAUACCGAAAUUCAAAGACGAGAAGGAACUGAAACCCGCGUCGAUGCGCGUGCGCGAUGCUGCUGAAAAUCUACUCACAAUCAUACUAGAGCAAGUCGGCUAUUUUCCCAGCGAAUGCGGUCCAGAAUCGAUAUCCUCGCUGCUGGAUGAGGUGGCUUUGAUGAAGCAUUGCAAUUCAAUGCCCGAUGGUACGGGUAGCGGUGGUGCUGCGUCCAUAACAACGGAGCAGGCCAUAGCGAAGUUCAAGUAUUUUGUCACUGAGAAUUCGACAAUAUUGGCGCUUUUGGAGGAACCACUAGGCAAUGCAGAGGAUCCACAACCAACUGUGACAUUGCUAAUACGCGGUCCCUUUGGACGCCACGCUUGGACCAUGCAAUUGCGUCAUUUGCCCCGCAGCAAAUCGGGCACUAAAUAUCAUGCUGUCAAUCCGGGUCGACCCAUACCGAUGAACGAUACACCGCAGCGCAUAGAAUUCGAUCAGAAAUUCUUUCCGGAUGGUGUCGACAAGGUGACACCCUGUGUUGCGGAUUACUCUAUACCAACGCUGGAGCAAAUUCGUGAGCAAUAUGGCACAGAGAACAUACGCCAACUUGAGACUAUGAUUGAGAAUCAGAGCAUUGAUGAGAAGCUGGCCUGGGCGGCUACCGAUAAUAGCGCGGAUAGUUUGUCGCAUGCACAGGAAAGUGUGCCACCAUCGGUGUGUCAUGAAUUCCAGGCGGCACGCCUUUUUCUCUCACAUUUCGGUUUUCUCACAUUCGAAGAACGUAAUCCGAAUAAUCCGUCUGAGUCGUUGGGGGCUCCUGCACAGCGUCCGCUCAUCGUACUCGAUACGAAGCGACAUCAAUUCGCACAUGAACUGGGUAUGUUGGAUAAGCUGAGUGCGCGCACCUACGACACGGUGCAUGUGUUCUAUGUGAAAUCGGGACAAACAAUGGCGCAAGAGAUCAUUGGGAAUAUGAAUGACGAGCAUGUGCGUACGCUAGAUGGGCAUUUCGGCAAUAUGCUGCUGACUUUAGGCUGGCCUGUAGACUUAGAAGAUCAUUCCGGCUGGACUGGUUUCAUAAGCACUUCAUGGUCGCUAAAAGGCUCCAAUCAACGCGAAGCCGAAAAGCAAACAAAUAAUCGCUUUGGGCCGUUCGCAUCGAGCAGCAAUGAUCUGCGUUUCAAUGGCGAAUCUAAAGUGCUCUAUUGGGCCGAUGUUAGCUCGGAAAUAGCAUUCGUAGUUCCAACUGAAUGGAACUUGCAUUGCGAAACCGAUGGCAGCUGCCUUUCGCUCUGCUCGUCGCAUUCCUCUGCCGAUAGUCUACAAUCAGCUGCAUCUGCUGGCAACGUAUGGACGCGCGCUUCGGAUUCGUCGAAUGCCGAGAAUGCCAAAACACAAAAAUCACGUAAUCUCUCCUUGGAAUUGGACACUAAGGGCGCAAGCGCAAAGGAUCCCAUACCGCCGACACGUCGUAAAACAAACGUAAUGAAGCCAGCGUUGCAAGCGCAACCGCCAGCGAAGAUCUUUCUUGUUUGGCUGGAGUCGUUCGAGGAUCAUUUGAAUUUCCCCAUAGACGAUUUACUAGCCUAUACACGCACGGGCGAGGAAACUCAAUCACUGCAAAUGCCGCGCGCCAGCGACUGUCAUGUUAUCUUUUUGCACGCAUUGCAGUCGGGGUUGCUGCGUGUGAAACUGCAGGGGCCUACGGGACGUAUGAGUUUCGCCACACCAUUGGUAGAUGGCAUGGUGUUGAGUCGGCGUGUGGUGGGCAACUUGGUGCGUCAAACUGCCCAUAAUAUGGCCAAGCGUCGACGCCUCGAUAAUGAUAACUUUCAACCGCCGCAUGUCCGUAGACGACUUAAAGUACAGGAUAUAGUGCAGAAAUACAAAAUGGAUUUGAGCGAACCGGAAUUGUUGGCGCAUCUUUUUAAAAGUGCAUUUUAAGCGCAUAGUAUUAUUAUAUACACUUUUAUUUCGUUAUACAACUAAUGAACUAUUUAAUUUAGUCACUAACCAAGUAAGUACUUGACGCAAGUACUUGAGCCAGUGCAAGGUGCAAGGGCGUUUUGAUUACAUAACAUAAUACCAUUAAGUAUUUAUCUCUAUGUAUUUAUGUAUUUUGAAGGAAAAUAUGUAAGCUAUUUAAUUGAACUCGUCCACGUUUAACAUUACAUCCAACUAAUGUAAAUGCAAUAAAAUUAACAAAUGUUUGCUCCACAUGCGACAAACACAACACAAACAAUCAACUCAGCUAAGGUUAGUAAGAACUUCUGCAAGCCAAGCACUUUAAUUAAACGACAGUAUACGAUUUCCUGCGCUGCCGCGCGCAAACACACCAUUUAUCACUUUGAUAAAUACGCGCUUCUGGCCACAUAAAUCCAAUGACACGUAUCUGCAAGCAACUAAGCAAGCAAAACUUUGGCGGGUAC